GCCAGAGUUUGGGCGCGCCGCGGUGCAGCACCGCGACGAGCCCGAGCCCAAAGCGAUCAAGGUCGCGCACGGCAGCCAAAGCACCGACCGCGCGCAGUCGCUGCGCAACGAACGGAGGCAGCCCAGCGCCAUGGCCGCCUACUUUGGCAGGGUCGAGGAGCGCCGACUAGCCGAGUUGGGGAACCAACUCAUCCACAAGCUCGAAGGGAGAGGUGGGCCGUUAGCCGUUACGAUCGGAAGAUUUCUGCGGAAUCAUGCCGACGGCCAGGAUGAACUGAAAAACGAGAGGCUCGUGAAGGCCCUCCAGGGCCAGCUGCCCGGCGUACCCGACAAGGAGCUCGAGGCCUUGGCGGACCGGUUUGAUAACGAUGGAUCCGGUUCUGUGUCGAUCAAGGAGAUGCAAGGAGCGCUGAACGCGUUGUCGCGCGGCGAGGCUUUACCCGAGGCGCGGACGGACCCCACACCUCAGAUCAUCGUAGACUCAACAGAGGACGAGGAGGACUGGCUCGGUGCUUCGAGAGAUCAGGUCACGGAGAUGCGCCGUUCUCGGGAUCUCGUGUCGUCGCCCAAGAGUCCGCUCUAUUCGCCCGGAACGCGGGCGCCGCCGGGACCGGAGGGUUUUGAUGCUCGCUUGGACAACUUCCUCGCGAAGCUAUCUGGACGCGUCGCGGCUUUGGCUACCGAGGCCCAUGCGAGAUUGCCUCCGCAACAAAGGUUGCCGGCGCGAGCCGAGGCGUUGUUGCGAGCACUUGGUCAAAGGAAACUACGAGAGGCCAUGGAGCAGCACCGCCAAUCGGAUCAACAUAAAUUAACACCAACACAAUUGUAUGACGCUCUGGCCGUCUUCCGCACGCCCGGCCAGGAUCUGCUCCACGAUCGCGACGCGAGACGACUGUGGGACUUGUGUAAUGGCGGCGACCCCGAGGUGUUUUUGAAAUUAUUCCGGGAGCAUGAACGCGCCGGCCAGGAGGGCCGGUCGCUAAAACAAGGCAAGAAGAAGUCAAAAUGGCAGGCGACGCAAGGCGGCGGCGCGGGGCCGUCGCUCCCGCGCGGCAAGGCCAAACAACGGAACCUGGCCGACGCCAAGACCUAUCCGCACGCGGGCGACAUCAACGAGGCCGCGGCUUGUGCGGAAGCGCUGCGACUAAGGUACAAGACGUCGCGGACUUUAGUUCAACCUCCCAUUGGGUGGCGGAAGCCCGAGCUCACGCGAGCCGUCAAGAAGUCGGCGCAACCCCCCAAAAAAGGCUUGGAGCUGGACCGAUGCUUUGGAUUCACGGCCGACGCCCCGGGACCGAAUCUGUGUCUGUGCAAGCCGCGCGGCAAACCCAGCAUAGUCUACUUAUCAGCGGCGUGUGCCGUGGUCCAAGAUUUAGGAAGCGAGAAGACUCAAAAGGUCUUUCGGGGCCACACGGACGACGCGACGUGCGUCUGCACCGAUAAAACGGGCACGCUCGGCGCGACGGGGCAAUGUGCCUCGACGGACAUGUCGCCGUACGUCUGUGUCUGGGACGUGAGCACGUGCCAUGAACUCAGAAGAUUUGGUGGCGACGGUUCCAUUAGUAGGAUGGCCUGUGCGAUCGCUUUUUUCGACGACGCCUCUCAUGUCGCUGUGGUGGGUGGUGAUGACAGACAUACGUUACGCGUGUAUGAACUCAAUCCACCAGCACAUAAAACAGGAGACGACGCCGUCAUCGUCGCGCCGUGCAAGGCCGGCGUCGAGCCGCCAGCCGUCACGGGGUUGUAUGCGGCGCCCCAUGACAGCGCCCAUCGCUUCGGCAACGACCACGUCAUCGUUUCUGUCGGCAAGGGGCAUUUAGCGUUCUGGAUGAUCGACCUGCCUCGGGGUGACGGCAAGUACGAGUUCUCGAAGCGAUUACCUACCUACCGACCGCACAAAGCUCCGGCUGCCACGCAUUGCGUCGCCUUCGUGCCUCUGGACGAUGCUGUUUGUACGGGCGUGUCUGACGGCCGAGUGUUUGUGUGGCGCGACUUCAAGAUCGCCCACGCGUUCCAAGCGCACCAAGAAGCUAAGCCUUGUAGAGCCCUGGUGCACGCGAGGGGCCACCUCUUCACGGGCGGCGGCGACGGCCUCGUGAAGCGGUGGCGCUUAGACAAGGGAAGGUAUGAAAUGUGCAACGAGUUCCGACCGGUAAGCCCGCACGACGUCGGCAAGAGGUCGGGCGCCAUGAGGGAUGUGGAGAACGCCUUCCCCACGUCAUCGACAGCGGCGAACAUCGGCAGCAACGGGUUGGUGAGGAAGCCGCCCGUCCGGAAGCAGCACAAGCAGCACGAGAUGCUGUCAGGCUUUGAAUCGCAGCGCGCCUCGGGUUUUACUGGAGUAGUAGAUCUACUACUACACCCCCAAGACGACAACCAUGUUGUUGUCGGUACGGGCUUCGCCCAGGUGUUAGUGGUCGACCUGCCCGACGGCAGGGGCAAGAAGCCGAAGUCGGAGCUCCACGUCGCCGGCCACCACAACUCGGUCCAGGGCAUCGCCAUGCACAAUAAGGAACCCAUCUUCGCUACUGUGGGGCUGGACUGUUUGCUCAUCCUGUGGGACGCGACGAAGCCGAUUCCGCUGCAGGUCAAGACCCUGCGCGAGGGUGCUACCGCUGUGGCUAUCAGGGGACCUCGGAAGCAUCUACACCACCACCACCAUUCACAUGCGCCUUUGGAAGAACAUGUGGCCGUGGGCUACAACGAUGGCGAGGUCGAGAUCUUCGCCUUUCCUUCUCUCGAAAAACGAUGUUCCCCGGGAAAACGGUGCGACGACGAAGCGAUCUCCUGUGCCAAAUACUCCCCGUCCGGUCGCGUACUAGCCAUCGGUUCGCAUGACAACGCCAUAUAUUUGAUGGACGCCUCGGCCAAUUAUCGGGUCAAGAAGAAGCUGCACGGACACAGUUCAUACGUGAAAAAUAUCGACUGGUCCUUCGACUCGGACUUGUUGCAGACCUCUUGUGGAGCGUAUGAAAUCAUGUACUGGAGCGUCGCUGAGGGGAAGAGGUACCGAGGAGCGCAAGACAGUGUCGAAUCUGAUACAAGGUGGCAGGACUGGUCGCUUACGCUCGGAUUCCCGGUCAUGGGCAUUAAUGCUGAUGGUUCAGAUGGUACUGAUGUGAAUGCGGUCUGCCGGUCGAGGGAUGAAGGGCUAGUGAUCGUGGCCGACGAUUCUGGUCACGUGCGGCUCUUCAACGCGCCCGUGGCGUGUCGGUUCGCGGCGCACCGCGCCUAUUUAGGCCACUCGUCGCAUUGCCUGGGCGUUGGAUUUCUGGCCUCGCAGACCAUGGCGGCGUCGUGCGGCGGCCGCGACGCGGCUGUCCUCUUGUGGAAGGUCAUUGAUGGCGGAGAUGAGGAGGUGGACGGCGAGUACAUCGAGCGGCCGCCGGCGGCGCGACCGGCGUGGCACGAGGGCUGCGAUAUUACCUCUACUACGGACAUCCUGCGGCGGGCGCGGCCGCUGGCCUGAGGUCGUUUUGCCUAAGGUUCAUUCGCCUCCA